UGUCCGUGCAUGACUUUAUUUGGGGGUCAAGAGUGGCACGAGAGGCCAAAGCCAUCGUAUUUCACUCCCAGAAGGCUCCGUCCUCGUCUCUGGCCACAAUCAAGGUUAGUUAUCGGCGCUCAAGUGACAGGAACAACUGCUGAAACUCAGUAAGAGCCGCCAGCCCAGCGUUGUUUGACACAGCGAUACGCUUCCCAGCUCCGGGAAUGUCCUUCACGUCUUUAGUUCAGCGGCGCUCGGCUGAGAAGGAGAGCACACAUGGGCGCGAAGAAAUCCAAAAGCGGCGCGGACGACGACGGGAGAAAGAGCGCCGGCCCGGACGAGAACCUCCCGACGGCGGAGCGCAUUCGCAAACACGCCACCACUCACCUGGGCUUUAAAGUGCUGAGCCUGUCCCGCCGCGGCCUGACCGAUCCUCCGGAGGAGCUGUGGGAGAUCACCGAGCUGCAGAAGCUCAACCUGUCGCUCAACGCGCUGCGCUCCGUCCCGGCGUCUCUGGGCUCGCUCCAGAACCUGGUGGUGCUCAACCUCUGGGGAAACCAGCUCACCAGCUUGCCUCCGGAGAUCGGCCGGCUGAGGAACCUCAAGGUGCUUUUCGCGUACCGCAACCGCUUGAGCGACGUCCCCGAAGAGCUGGGCUCGUGCUCCAGGCUGGAGGUGCUGAGCCUGGCCGCUAACCAGUUAACUAGUCUCCCGCCGUCCCUCUCGUCCCUCUCCGGGCUGAAGAAGCUCAACCUCAGCCACAACCUGAUCGCUCACGUCCCGGCCUGCGUUUACUCCAUGAAGAACCUGGUGUUCCUGCAGCUGGCCUGCAACAGGCUGGAGAACAUCGCCGACCGGAUCCAGGCGCUGGCCCAGCUGAAGAUCCUGAUCGUGGAGGGGAACCGCAUCCACUCGCUGCCCAAGACGCUUUGCCGUCUCACCGAGCUGGAGCUGCUCAACGUGGACUUCAACGACAUCCAGAACGUCCCGGAGGAGAUGCACUGCCUGAGACGUCUGGAGAAGCUGGCCUGCCAUCCUCUGGACAAAGGCCUGCACAUCAGACACAACCCUCUGCUGAAACCCAUCAAAGAGGUCCUGGACGGAGGUCUGCAGGCGCUCUACAGCUACCUGAAGGCCUCGUGAGGAGAAGGUCAGCUUUAAGAUCAAAACACACGCCGAAAAACAUUCAAACGUGGAAAACCGCUUUAAAAAAAGCUACGUUUUUGGUGCAUUUUUAAUUGUUUUGCAGACAUCUGUCGUGAUGUUUUUGUUUUAUAUACAGCACAUCUAAAGCAAAGCACGAAACUACACAGCGACAUCAUCUUUAUUUAACACUUGAAGAUUUCAGCAAAGACAGACGAUGUAGGUUUUAACUGUUUUCAAAAGUCACGGCCAAUCAGUUUUAAUUAGGGUUAAAAUGUGACAAAAUAUACAGCUGAGUGAUAAAAACAUGAUAAAACAUGAUUUUGAAAAUUGUAAAAAGUUGACUUAUCUGUUUUCUUGCAAAUAAACUCUUCCCACACACACACGUAUAUAUACACACACACACACACACUUUUUCUUUUGCUUCAAUUUCCUGCAAAAACAUUCAGAAUUUAUGUAUUUUAAUUUCUUAUAAAUUUGGUUGGCUGUUAUUUUAACAUGAACGUCAAUGCAACAGUUCAAUCAUAAAAUAUUUAUUAUCUGCAUCUGUUUGCUUUUAUUUAAACAUAUUUGUAAAAAGCAUUUAUUGAAAUAGCUUGAAAUUAGCCUGAAUCUGUUGAUUUUGAAAAACGAUUCGGUUCAGGAACAUUAAAAUAUGUCUAGCUGUGGGUCAAGCGCUGUUAGGAGAUAGAUGUGUUUGAAACUAACUGGAUUUAAUGAUGACUAAUAAAUGAAAGUGUUGUUGUGUGUUUAAAACGCUGGGCCUGUUUCAUUGAGGUAUGACUGAUGAGUUUCACGUUAUGUUUAUUAGUUUCUGUUCAAGUGCAAGGAUAUUUCUAUUCGAUUCAAACACAUCAUUGCUGAAGACAGCUCUUCAGUUCAGUCUUAAAGCUAGUAUUUGAGGAGUUGAUGUGAGAUCUCAUGAAAAUAUGAGACAUUUACAGAUGAUUUAUUUUAUUGUAAAUGUUUGUUUUGUAUCGUGUUUCAAGUAUGCUGUAAAAGUAUUUUUUCAACGUUGUAAAUAAAAUAGUUA